ACAUAUCUAGAUUUCUGGGCAUAUCAUGGUAAACUAUAUAUAUUAGGCUUUUGUUUUUGUGCACCAAUAUAUUAGGCUAAUGAAAAUAGACAUAAAAUAUACAAUCAUUAUUUAGUUUAAACUCUUUAAGUCUUAACCACUGUUUUUAAAACCGGACCGGAAGCAGAACCGGAAGUAUUUUGGGUCACGGUUCAAUAUGGUUCGACCGGGUCAAACCUGGUUCAAUAAUAUGGUUUAAUAUUUUUUUAGUAUGUAAAUAUAAAAGUAAUAUUAGUAAACAUGAUGCAUAGUUAAAAUAUAAAUCAAUUUUAAACAUAAAAUAUUAUAAAUAUAAAUUAGUUGCUUGUUUAUAUGGAUGGUUUAUAGAUUUUCGAUAGUUUUAGUGGUUUUUAUUGGUUUAAUAACUUUGAAAUAUAAUCCGGUUAUGUGGCCGGUUCAUGGUCGAACCAAUUACUAGACCAACCCGGCUAUAUAACCGGUUCAUGGUCGAACCCGGUCCAACCAUCGGGUCGGUCCGGUUUUAAAAACACUGGUCUUAACGUAAAACGCACAACCAAUUAGUGACAAAUAAGUCCACGAAGCAUCUUCUUUCCUUUCUAGAACCCUAAAAGCAAACCAUACACUUCUCUUCUCUCUCUUUCUCAAAGAACCUGUCAAUGUAAUUAAAACAGUUUCCAAUAUUUUCGCCACCAUAAAUAAACUCUCACCUCCACCUCUUUAACUCCACCACUCCAAUUGAGAAAAUAAUUUAUUUUAUAAAAAUUCACCACUCCACAAAUUUCAUACCACGCAAAAAAAAAAAAAACUCAUAAACCCUAAUCAACCACAACUUCCACCACCAACUCAAAGCUUUCAUUUUCCAAAUUAAAGAAGAAUGAGCAGAAGCAAAUCCAUAGUCAUCAAUUCCAGUUCCGAAAAUAAUAUCUCCACAGUCGCUGCCGCAGCUGUAGCUAUGAGACGUUCUGCUUCAAACGCAAGCCCCGUGAUACAUACUAAUGAUCUUAACAGAGAACCGCGGCGACCGCGGUCAUUUAAGUUUCCGGUAUCUCCCCAACUGAUACAAGGGGAAGAGAUGGUCCACUUCGGACAUCCGCAACACGUGCUUGUCAAAGUUGAACUGCCAGAUAUCUACACGUGUGCAGGGUGCAAAGAAGAAGGAGCUGGGAUUAGGUACGUGUGCCAAGAGUGUGAUUAUCAGCUCCAUGAGUUUUGUGCUUUGGCUCCUCCUCUACUUAAGUCGCAUCCUUUUCAUUACCAGCAUCAGCUUCCCUUCUUUGCCAAGCCUGCUAAAGGAGGAAUAAUGAAAUCAAAAUGCGACGUGUGUGGAAGAUCACCUAAAGGUUACACCUAUAGAUGCAAAGCUUGCAGUUUCCAGAUGCAUCCUGGCUGCGCCAUGUUAUCUCCUUCCCUCUCCUCUUCCUCUCUCCAUCGCCACCCUCUACAGCUCCUCCCCUCUUCCUCCCCUGCCAACACCACCGGCGGGUUCCUCUGCGGAGAGUGCAAGAGAGGUAAGCGAGCCGGGAGGGUUUACCGUUGCACCGUUUGUGAUUACCACUUGCAUGCCGUAUGCGCCAAGGACGCCGCCGUGAACGGCCUUCGUGAGAACGGACACAAAGGGAGGGAUAGGUCUCCAGCGGUUUUGGGAACGGCGGCGAGGUUAGCGUCGCAGGUUGUGAUUGAUUUUCUUGGUGGUAUGAUGGAAGGUCUAGGUGAAGGUGUUGGUGAAGCCAUUUUGGACGGUGUAAGUAGAGGCGGUGGUGGUGGCGGUCGCGGUGGAGGAAAUGGAGGUGUUACUGGGGUAACUCCACGUGUCAGAGGGGGCUAAUUAUGAGAACUUUGGAGAUAAUUAGUUAGGAGUGUUUAUAUGAAUAUGGAAAUGAUUGUAUUUUUUUUUGCUGUGUUGAUUGGUAAGUACAUAUAGACUGGAGUAUUGAUGUUUAUUGGGUUGGGUGAGAGGGAGAUAUUAUAUUGAUUAAAUUUGGGGAUGAAGUAAUAAGAAUAGGAACAAUGUGUAAUGUUUAAUUAGUUUUGAUAUUAAUUAAUGUAAUGUUAAUGUAUAAUGUUGUGUGCUGUUCAGUCCUUAAUAAUUCAGGAAUUUACAAGUAAAAUAUUUUACGUUUUACGUGCAUAUGCUUAAUUGAAUCAAGUCGGGCUUGUACCAAGGCUCACGAAACAUUCGUAUGGGACCUCCACCUAAUGUUAUGCAAUGUUAGUACGUGUAAUCUUAUGUGCAACAGUGCAAGACAAAUUAAAAAUCAGAGUUUUGGUUUGUGGUGUACAGAAUAAAAUAUUAUUUGGGUCUGUAGCAUUACCAAGUAAGUUAUUUGACUUUUUCUAUUUUUUAUUUAUUUAAAUGAUUUAUAAUAUUAUAGUAAUUUUUUUUUUAACUCACCAGAAGAAACUUACAAAACUGGUUCUUUAGCUUUUUCUUUGUAAACAUAAGUUCAUAAGAAAACCACAGAUUUUUUCUUUUGAUUCUUAGGUAAAAUCAAUUUUUUUUUUCUGAAUAGGGCCCCGGAAAUCUCAGGCCUGGCUCUGAAUUGAAUACAUUGUAACCAAACGUAUAUAACCUUUAAUUUUGGUGUAUUUUGAAAAUAUGAAAAGUGUGUUUAUAAUUAUCUGGCUUUUAUUAUGUUAUACUUACAUAACGAGACAUAGAAGAAAAAAAGGCAAAAAGCUACUACAUAAUGCUAAUGGCAUCUUGGAAAAGAGAGGCACCUCAGCUGUAACUCCCAUUCAGAUAUAUAGUGAGAACUGAGACUCACCACUCACAGUUUAUCUUCCAUCCAAUUUUUGGUUUUGGUUAAAUGUAAAACAUGUUGUUCCCAUUUUUGUUUGUGAAAAUUAACACUAAAAAUACACCACAAACCUUUAAAAAAAUCAUUACAAUUUGGCGAAGCUACUUGGACAAAAGGUGGGGCAGUUGCCCACCAUGAUUUUUAAAUUUCAACGUAUUUUCUUUAAACUUUUAAUGAAUUCCUAUAUAUAUACAAUACUUUGUUAAUAAAUUUUAUGUUUGUCCUCGAACAAAAUAACUUCUAAAUCCUCCAUUGAUUGCAAAAACCACGCAUUGUUUGAAGGGAAUUGUAGGUUUUAAUUUAACGUUUAUUUUUUACUGACUAAGUUAAAAACAUGCAUUUUCUAAGAAACUAAGAAUUGAUCAACAAAUAAUAUAUAUAUAUAUUUAAAAACAAUUAAAAUUAAUCUAUCAAUUACCCAAAUUAACGAAACCACACUAAUAUCAAGAAUCCUUCAGUACUUACGAGUGGGUGACUCAAAAUAUAUAGUGACUUGUGAUAUUUCAAGAAGCUCCACAAUCCACGUGGGAAUCGUUAAAUCUGUCAUGGCCUUUUGGGGUUCUAUGUGGCAAGAUUCCUAUUCUCAAUCUGUCAUUGCUUCCUCCUCUCUUGCUUCCCACCGAUCUUGUUUCAUAUAAUAUACAUACGAUUUUAAAUGAUAAUGUAGAGAAUCAACAAGAUACCCCAAGGAUAACGUGUUAGUUAUAUUACCCCAGAUAUGUGCCUAUCAGGUUCAUACUUCGUAUGUAUUAGAGUGUAUCAGAUUAUAAGAUUGAUUGAACCGGUGGUUUAAUGUAUAAACCCCCGGUAGAGUAGUGAGUAUAAAUACAUGUACUAUAUGUAGAAAAGAGUUGAGUUGAAUAAUACAAAAGACUUUUAUCUGUAACAAACUUUCUCUUGAUUAGGAAGUUUGAUCUCUAAUAUAGUAUCAGAGCGGUGAGAUUCACGUUUCCUGCUUCGUCUUUCCGCCGAUCUGAGCUCCGUUCAACUCCAUUUCUCUUCGAUUUCAGCUCCGACCGUCUCUGAUUCACGAUUCAAUGUUAUGAGUAUUUCCUUUUCCGUCAUCGUUUUCGUUCGAUCGAUUCUUCUGGAGUUCUUUGCGAUCUAUCACUUCAUCUCAGUGGUGAUUGCUCUCUCAUUCUUGCGAUCUUCCGCUUAUUGAUCUUUAUCUCUGUUUGUCGAAUCUCAGAUUCUUGAUUUUACGAUUUCGUCUCCAAGUUCAGUUCGUGCUUCGAUAUGCCGCCUUCUUAUGCAAAUGUUGUCAAUUCUACGUCGACGCCACCGUCAGCUCAACAUCCGACGAUGCCUAGAUCUGACGCAACAGCAUCGCUUCAAGAUCCGUAUUCAAAUCUUCUCUAUGUUCACAGUGCGGAUCAUCCUGGUAUUACUCUUGUCUCAGAGAAGUUAACUGGUUUCGGGAACUUUAAUACUUGGCGGCGAUCAAUGCUCAUGGCCUUAGGUGCUAGAAACAAGGUUGUGUUUGUAGAUGGAACCUAUCCGGAAUUGCUUGGUGAUCAUCACUACAAGAAUUAUGAAAAAUAGCAAAGGACUGGCGAGAACAUUUCCGUAGCCAUAACUAUUAGCGAUGAAAGUUGCGACAGAUAGCGACAAAACAACAAAAUGUUAAAUUUGUAGCUAAUCUAUAGCGAUCCGUAGCUAUCUAGCUACGAAUAUGAUCCAUAGCCAUUUUCUAGCUAAAUAGCUACUAAUUAGCGAAGAAUAAAUUGUCGCUGAAGUUUAAUAGUUAGCAAGACAUAACUAUAAAUAAUUAUGUAUCUAGCUGAUAAUUAAUGUUAAUAACUAGUAAAAAUGGGAUAUAGACAUGUUUUAGUCAUUGUAGCUCUGUGACUUUUAAAAAUUAGUCACGGAAUAGUCCUUACGAAACAUGUAACCGUGACUAUUUGUAUCUGUUUCGUGAUUAAAAUGACAAGAUAAUGUGUAUUUGUGUUAAAUGUUUGAAACAGUUCAGUUUUAAUUUUUAUUGCGUUUGAUUGAUACUUGAGUUAGGAAUUAUAGCAUAGGGUUUAGAUUUUAGGGAUUGUGGUUUAGGGUUAAGGGUUAGCAGUUUCAUUGUUAAAAACGUUUCUAAAAAAUAUAUAUAGUAAAUUAUAAUUUGUUAAAAUUUGAUGUUAGGUUAUUAAAAGUGUAUAAAUCUGUGAUGCUGAAAUGAAAAUAUUUGGCUACUACUUUAGCUAGGUAUGGUAUAGAGUUUAGAUUUUAGAGAUUGUGGUUUAGGGUUAAGAGUUUAUAGUUAAGAAAUUGUUAAAAAGAAUAUAAUAACUUGGUUUGUAAAUUAUAAUUUUUAACUAUUAAAAAUGUAUAAAUUUGGUUAUUAAUUUUUUUUUUCAUUUGACAUCAGAAAAUUUUAUUUCCCUCCAUUAAUUAUUUUGCCUUCACACAUUUCCUUACUAAAUAUUUUUGGCAUUUUAUCAUUUCCCUCCUAAGCAUUUUUGGGUUUAGCUCCAAAAACCCCAAAAAAGACAAGUCUUAAACUCUCUCUCGAAACUCACUAAGUUUUCUUCUGGAUCUCGCCUCCCUCAUGUUAUCAGGUGGUUUUCGUCAUCGUCCACGGCCACCGAAGUUGAAUCUCCUGGCGUUACUAUUCAAUGCUCCAGGAGACGAGAUGUUCACUUGUAGGCUGGUGAAUCUUCUCCCCUUGUCAAGUCAGGUGAGCAAGUGUGAUGUCAAAUUUUCUUAUUCCUAGACUGAUGCUUGAGUGUUGAGGGCUGCAGGGAUUUUGAAGAAGCUUGUUGUAUAAGUCGUAGGCAGCAUCACAACGAGUUUAACUUCUGGAACGGGACUCCAUAUAAUUGGGUCUCCAUUGUCAAUACCACAUUAAUAGUGGUAUUCUGAUUUUGUGUUAAGAUCAAAGAUCAUCAGACUUUGGUGAAGUAUCUAUGGACUAAACAGCUCAGAAGGAUGAUUUCCAACAUCAGCAAGGGGAAAAGAUAUACGAUUUGGUGAUGAUUUUCAACUAGAAUGUCUACUUGUAUGAUGUUUGACUACUUUAUUAUGUUUUCAGUAUUUGUUAGUCUAUGUAAUAUAUAUUGUUUUGAAUGAUUUUAUGUAGUUCUAUUUAUUUAUUGAAAACCAAUUUUUUUAUGAAAA